AUUCAACAAAAAAGAAGUGACAACAAAAAAGAAGUGACAUAACAAAUUUGUAAAGAAAAAUAAAGCAUAUACAUAAUAUACCAUCCACCAGCUCCUCUCCUUCUUUCAAUGGCCUCUCCUAGUUUCCAAUCCAAGACCAUACCACCCUCUUCAUGGAGCAUCACUGUUGCAUUUCUGCUAAUUUCCCUCAUUUUUAACUCAUCUUCAAGCAUGGGAAUGAGAACAGAAACCAAGAGAGACUCUGAGAAUGGUGCUCAUACUAUGUGGUCAGAGCCAGGGAGGGAAAAUCAUCCCCAUAAGAUUAGCGCAACUACUCAUAAUGAUGGUGCUAACACUAUGUGGUCAAAGCCUGAGAGGCCAAAUGAUCCUCACAGGAGUGGUCAAACUAAUGAGAAUAAUGGUCAUCUUCAUGGAGUGACACUCAACAUGCUGCCCAAAGGUGUAUAUGUCCCUCCUUCUGGUCCAUCCGAUAGGCACAACUAGCACGGUGGCCAGAUCGAGAUCAUUAAAUAUUACUACGUAUUAUUAUAAAUAGAUGGUGACAACUCCGAUACCCAUUUAAAAAAUGGGGGUACCAUAGAAUCUACCUAAAUAGAUACCCCGAUAAAUAAAAUAUUAAAUGAACUUUAUAUAUGCUGUUGUAAUUAUUAAUAUCAAUACAACUAUUUAAUAAGUAUUCUUACUUUGAUA